GUAAGCACUUUGUGAUACCUGACUCCAGUGACGGGAAGGAGGCGGCUUGAAACUGAGGAGGAGGUGCAUUGGUUUGAGUAUUACAAGUCAACCUCAUUCUUCAUUGACACUUUUGACAACUUUUCUUCAUCCACCGCUGACAUGUCGACCACCGGCGGCUCCUUGGCCACUGAGGGGUUUUACUCCAAACUGAUAGACGACGAGCCUGUGGCGUAUGACUACAACCACCGCAGCCCAGAUGUGGGACACAGAGCUCACCCAGUGUCUCCAGUCAAACUGAACCUGGGUGCGAAGGCCCCGGGUCCCUACCGACUCGCCACCAUCUGCCUGGCUACGCUCUGUGUCGUCCUGCUGAUCUCCAUCAUAGCCGUCACUGCACACUAUAAAAGCAAACCACAAGGCGGCGGUGAAGCGACCUCAGAGUUGCAGAAGCAGAAGCAGGGGGCAAAUAUGUCGGAUCUGAUCGCCACCAUCAGCAAACUGCAGCAGGAGAAAGCCCAGCUACAGAAAGAAAAGGGCGAGCUGCUGGCCAAACUGGAUGCCAAGAUUGCCACUACAGCUCCUCAAGUUGUCAGACCGACAGUGAAGGUGUCAACGCCAACGUCAAAAUCAACGUCAACAUCAACGUCAACAUCAACGUCAUCUAUUGUCUGUCCGACAGGCUGGCACCGCUUUGGCAACAGCUGUUACUUCAUCUCCAGUAGAGAGCGGUCCACUUGGUCAGGUAGUGAGACUCGCUGCCAGAAAAAAGGAGGUCACCUGGCCAUCAUUCACACAGCUGAGGAGCAGACAUUCAUAUGGGAUCUUCUUCCCAGAGCUUACUGGAACGCCUUCUGGUUUGGAAUCACUGACGAACACGCAGAGGAUGAUUGGAAAUGGGUCGAUGGCACCCCGGUGGUUGGAACUUUCUGGGAGUACGGCGAGCCCAACAACCACAACCAGGAGGACUGUGGUUACAUGAUUAAAACAGACGUGUUGACACGAGUGGCGAUACGGAGCUGGUACGACGCCCCUUGUAGCAUGUCUUUGCCUUUUAUCUGUGAGAAGGAGAUGGUCCCCAGCUCCAGCGCCUCCAUGUCACACUGAGACAUCAACAUCUGAGACAAACACAAGGAACCAGCCAACCGGCAAUAAAAUAAAAAAGACUAUCUCUUCAUUUUCCCUUAAAAACUGGGACAGAUAUUCUCUUAGCAAUAAAUCCAACUUAAAUUUGAAUUCCCAUGUUGACGUCAGAUAUUGAAGCUAACCCAUUACAGGAAGAACUUCAGACAUAAUACAUUAAAUGAAUAUAUAGUAUUUUAGACAUUUUUGUGAAUGGUCAGCUCUGUCCAGAAGAUGCACACAAGCACAAACAUGUUUAAAAGUGAGAUAUUAAGAUGAAUUUACAGGGUUUUUUAACUGAAAACUGAUUUUACACAUUUUAUUUGUUUUUGUAAUAUUAUAAUGAAAUCGCUCAGAAAUAACACAAAAUUGUGAUUUUACCAAACCUCAUUUAGGAGCCUACCUUGCUUUUUGCAACACGUUUCAAUUAUAACUGUACAUUACGUCUAAUAUAUAAUAUUUCAGACAUUUUUGUGAAUUUUCAGCUCUGUCCAGAAGAUGCACACAAGCAUAAACAUGUUUAAAAGUGAUAUAUUAAGAUGAGUUUACAGUCACAAAAUGAAAAAAGGCAUCUAUAAAGCAGUUAUUGAAAAUCACUUUUUUAAAUCUGAAUUAUUCAUACUGAUUUUUUAAACCUUUUUUUACACAUUUUUAUAUGUUUUAGUAAUAGUAUAAUGAAAUCGCUCAGAAAUAACACAAAAUUGUGAUUUUAAAAAAAGACACAUUUUAAGACAAUAGAUGCAAACCUCAUUUAGUAGCUUACAUUGCUUUUUGCAACACGUGUCAAUUAUAACUGUACAUUACGUCCACAAUUUACACAAAUCUUAAAAGCCAUAACAUUUUAAAGCAAUAAUAUAAACAAAUAUUUCACGCAGGCAUUUUCUCUCAAACUGGCUGGACAUAGGAGAGCAUCACGAUGUCAUGUGUCAAAAGUAAAUGUUGACGAUGCUGGGAUUAGUCCCUUUUCCACAUAGACAUGAAAAGGAAGGAAAGACAGUUUGUACUUCAUCAUAUAGCAGUUUAAGUCACAUUACAUCUGUAUUUAUUCCAUUUGUUUCCCUGCACGCCAGACACCAGUCAGAGCCAUAAACGUACUUCCACCUUCUAUUCAUACAUCUUCUUUCCUCUUGCAUGCAUGUUUUCAUUUUACUUUUGCACUAAUAAUAAAUCAUCUGUAAUGCAAUGGCUUGUAUGUAAAAAGGUGCCAUUGCAAUGUUUCAUAAUCC